GCCAAAAUCAAUACCAAAACCAAAACCAAAACCAAAGAGAAUACUAACUUGUGGUCUCUCUCUCUCUCUCUCUCUCUCACUUCUGGGGGUGUUGUCGUUCUUGUAAGUUGUAAUAGUCAUAGAAGAGAAAAGUUACAGAACGAAUAAAAAGAGCAGAAGGGUACCUAUUUCUCUUUGCAUUCCUUUGCAGUGAGUGUGUUUUAUCAGCUCCGUAGCUCUGCUUAGAGUGAGAAAGUUAGAGAGAGAGAGAUAGAGAGAUAAGAGUUCGGGACUGUGCUUGAGAGAAAUGCAACAGCACCUGAUGCAGAUGCAGCCCAUGAUGGCACCUUAUUACCCAAACAACGUCACAACUGAUCACAUUCAACAGUAUCUGGAUGAGAACAAGUCACUAAUUUUGAAGAUUGUUGAGAGCCAAAAUUCGGGAAAAAUGAGCGAGUGUGCAGAGAACCAGGCAAGGCUACAGCGAAACCUUAUGUACCUGGCAGCAAUUGCAGAUUCUCAACCCCAACCCCCAACCAUGCAUGGUCAGUUUCCUCCAAGUGGCAUUAUGCAGCCAGGAGCGCACUACAUGCAGCACCAACAGGCUCAACAGAUGACACCACAAUCGCUCAUGGCUGCACGCUCCUCCAUGUUGUACAGCCAGCAGCCAUAUUCAGCACUGCAACAGCAGCAAGCUUUACACAGCCAGCUUGGCAUGAAUUCUAGUGGAAGUUCAGGGCUUCACAUGCUGCAAAGUGAUGCUAGUCAUGCAGGAGGCAGUGGGACACUUGGGGUUGGUGGCUUUGCUGAUUUUGGUCGUGGCUCCACUGGAGAAGGCUUGCAGAGUGGUAGGGGGAUGGCCGGUGGGAGCAAGCAAGAUAUUGGGAGUGCUGGGUCUGCUGAAGGGCGAGGCGGAAGCUCCACAAGCCAUGAUGGGGGUGAGACACUUUACUUAAAAGCUGCUGAUGAUGGGAAUUGAGAGGUAAGAAUGAAGAACAAAGUAUUGGUUAGCAUCUGAACCUAGUAGACAUAGGUGAGAAAUAUGAACUUAGGGGGGCAAAGAGGAACUUGCUGCUUAAUGUACUUUUGUCAUCUUAUCUGACACCUCUGCAAUGAUGUUCUUUUUAAGUAGUGACAAUGCAUCCUAUGGUAGUGUAUCAUGUAAAUUUGUAGGUCAUAAUGUGAUGUGUCUUAAUGUUGGUCACUUUAUUAAGUUUAUUUAUGCUUUUCAUUAGUUAUGGAUGA